AUGUCACCACCAUCGCUCGUGCGCUGGGCAAGCCUGUUCGUGCUGGGCAUGACAGCGUCCCAAGUCUCCGCCAUUGCGACCAUCUCUGCCGUGGGUGCCAAGUUCUUCAACUCCUCGUCCGGAGACCAGUUCUAUAUCAAGGGAGUUGCCUACCAACUCACCGACGAUGACCCCCUGGUCGACGAGGACCAAUGCAAGUUGGACGCCGCCUUGAUGCAGGAACUAGGUGCCAACACCAUCCGCGUAUACCACGUCGACCCAAAUGAAAACCACGACGGCUGUAUGUCUGCCUUUGCAGAUGCCGGAAUCUACCUGUUUGUCGAUUUGGAGACUUAUAAUACUUCCAUUUCCCAGUCCGCCCCCGAAUGGGACAGCAAGCUGUUGGACUCGUAUGAAAAAGUGCUGGACACCUUUCAAGUCUACGACAACUUGGCCGGCGUCUUUGUUGGAAACGAAGUCUUGACCACUGCCAACGGAUCUUGGGCGGCCCCGUACGUGAAAGCCGCCGCGCGUGAUGUCAAAGCAUACCGGGAUUCGAAGGGCUAUCGCGAGAUCCCCGUCGGCUACGCUGCUGCCGAUAUCGCCGAGCUCCGUCCCAUGCUGCAGGAUUAUAUGGCCUGCUCAACCAACUCGUCUGAGGAUUUGGAUUUCUUCUCCCUCAACGCAUACGAAUGGUGCGGCGACAACACCUAUGAAGGCUCGGGAUACUCGGAGCUGCAAAAGAACGCAACGGGUUACUCCAUCCCCAUUUUCUUCUCUGAAGAUGGCUGCAAUACCUCCCCACCACGCACAUUCGAGGAUCAAUCUGCCAUCUUCGGCGAUGAAAUGGCUGACACCUGGUCUGGCGCCAUUAUUUACGAAUGGAUCCAAGUUGCCAACGGCUACGGCCUGAUCAGCUAUGGACCCAGUGUCUCCGCGACAGCCACAGGAUCCGACAUCUCGGACGGAUUCACCGUCAAGGGAACCCCAACCCCGAUCUCGCCGGACUUCUCUAAUUUGAAAUCGGUCUGGGCAACCCUGACCCCUACCGGAGUCGCGCUUUCAGACUACACCGCGUCAGCAUCGACAAUCACUCCCCUGGCCUGCCCCGCCGAGACUUCGGGCGUUUGGAACGUUGAUCCCAGCGCUGCAUUGCCGACUCUCGGCCAAGCUGCCACCGUCAGCGACUCAGCAUCUGCUACCGGCUCCGGCAGCAGCAGCAGCGGUUCAGGCACUUCCUCCGGCUCCAGUGCCUCCUCGACCGCAUCGUCCUCCAAGGGCGCCGCGGCCGCUGGCAUCGUUUCCCCUGGCGCUGGCCUCCUUGGCUCCACGAAUGCGGUUGCCAUCUACGGCACCCUUGUUGCGUUUACUGGCUUCAUGGCUUGGUGGCUGUAA